AUGUCUUAUUCACCAACAGCAGUCCGCUAUUUUACUGCCCCUAAACCUCUGAGAGACCCCAUGGAGAUUGAUCCUAAAUCAUCCAGGGCCGAGGGUCCAGGACACACGGUCGUGAGACCGAAUGUAUCUCCCGAUCAGCCUUCAUCCGGGGCCGUGGAAGUCCACACGCCCAAGAAGCAAGGCCUGACUUUUGCCAACCAAGACUCACUUCCUAAAUUGCCGAUCCCUGACCUCGAGGAUACUUGUCGUCGACACCUCGAUUCUCUCGUAGCUUUACAAGGGCCGCGAGAACACGAGGAGAGCAAGGCGGCCAUCAGGGAAUUCUUGAAGACAGAUGGCCCGUCUUUACAAGAAAAGCUCAAGAACUAUGCUUCUUCAAAAACCAGCUACAUCGAACAGUUUUGGUACGAUUCUUAUUUGAACUUUGAUAGCUCGGUUGUCUUGAACCUCAACCCCUUUUUCUUGUUGGAGGAUGAUCCUACUCCAGCUCGCAACCAUCAAGUCACUCGGGCCGCAUCUUUGGUGGUCUCGGCCUUGUCUUUCGUUCGGGCCGUGAGGCGUGAGGAGCUUCCACCUGACACCGUCCGAGGAACGCCACUAUGCAUGUACCAGUACUCACGACUGUUUGGCACAGCCCGUCUGCCUACUGAAAAUGGCUGCGUCAUCAGCCAGGAUCCCUCGGCCAAGCAUAUUGUCGUCAUGUGCCGAGGCCAAUUCUACUGGUUCGAUGUACUGGACGACAAUAGCGAUUUGAUCAUGAGCGAGAAGGAUAUUGCCUUGAAUCUUGAAGUUCUUGUCAAUGAUGCGGCUCAAACCUCCAUUCAUGAAGCAGCCAAGGGUGCACUGGGUGUUCUCAGCACUGAGAACCGUAAGGUCUGGUCUGGACUGCGGGAUAUUAUGACUAAAGAUCCGGCCUCGAAUAACGCCGAGUGCUUGAACAUCGUGGACACCGCUCUUUUUGUCCUGUGUCUUGAUGAUACUGAGCCUUCCAACACCUCCGAACUGUGUGCCAACAUGCUCUGCGGCACGAGCGAGGUGAUUAAGGGCGUACAAGUGGGCACCUGUACCAACCGAUGGUACGACAAGCUACAGAUCAUUGUUUGUAAGAAUGGCAGUGCCGGUAUCAAUUUCGAGCACACCGGCGUUGAUGGUCAUACCGUGCUGCGCUUUGCCAGCGAUCUCUAUACGGACACCAUUCUUCGAUUCGCAAAGACCAUCAAUGGACAGGCUCCAAGCCUUUGGACGACAUCUAGCCCUGAUCCUGCCAAGCGCGACCCACACAGCUUCGGAAAAGUCAGCACUACUCCUCGCAAGCUCGAGUGGGACAUGACGCCGGAACUUAACAUCGCGUUGCGGUUUGCCGAAUCCCACCUUUCGGAUCUCCUCUACCAACACGAAGUCCGUGUACUGGACUUUGAGGGUUAUGGAAAGAAUUUCAUCACAUCAAUGGGAUUCUCGCCCGAUGCGUUCGUUCAAAUGGCCUUCCAGGCUGCCUACUACGGCCUAUACGGCCGCGUGGAAAACACAUAUGAGCCAGCUAUGACAAAAAUGUUCCUACAUGGUCGCACGGAGGCGGUACGAACUGUAACGCCCGAGGCCGUUGAUUUUGUGAAGACCUUUUGGGGCGAGAACCCGGCAGAGCAGAAGAUUGACGCCCUACGCACCGCAACUCAAAAGCACACAGCCUUGACCAAGGAGUGCUCCAAGGCCCAAGGUCAAGAUCGCCACCUAUACGCGCUCUACUGUCUCUGGCAGCGAUCUUUCCUCGAUGACGGACUGUCAUACGAUACCGGCUCCACUGGUGGAUACAGUAGCCCAGGCGAUGGAGUCGAGUCAUCCAAGUCCUCUGAGGUAUCCGAGGACGGCUAUUCCUCUCCCAACGACAGCAGCACUCGCGGACUACGCCCCGUCUCACCACCCACACCUGCCAUCUUCAGCGACUCGGGCUGGGACAAGAUCAACACUACCAUCUUGUCCACCUCAAACUGCGGAAACCCAUGUCUGCGCCAUUUCGGAUUCGGUCCCACAUCCGCUGACGGCUUCGGCAUUGGCUACAUUAUCAAGGACGAUUCAAUCUCCUUCUGUGCAUCUUCCAAGCACCGCCAAACUGCACGCCUUAUGCAAACGCUCGAGUCCUACCUCUUUGAGAUGCGAAAGUUGAUGCGCGCUACCAAUCGCAAGGCAAUGAGUCCACGAACCAGUCGUGCUCGCGAAACGGAAGAACUGACCGAGCGCAUGCAACCUGACUCGCAGCGCCGAGGUCGUAUUGUCCGGAGCGAUACCCGUACCACUGGCUUCGAUACCCCUACUACGACAGACAGUGUGGAGCCAGAUGAUGAUGGCAUGGGAGGAUAUGGUUUCUUCGACGCCGGUAUGCUCCUCCAUGCUCUCAAGGGUGUCAGUGCGGAUAGAGAGCGUCGAGAGAAACCUGAGAAGCGGCGCUUCGUUGGAAAGAAACUUCAUCUCAAUGAGUAUUAA